ACAUGAACUCAAUGCUCUCUCUCUUUCCUUCUCUGUAUACUAUCUCUCGCCCUCUUGUCACUACGGACAAGCGUUGACUGACAGCUUUCCACAGUAGCUCCACGCCAUAGAGGGGAGAGGGCAGCAGUUGCAGCGAAGUAUUCAGUACACUGCUGCCAAGCAAUACAGUAAAUGGAUUAAAGCACUCCGCAAGCUAAAUAGUAGUAGCAGACACACUACUGCAAAGAGAAAGGAAAGGUAAUAUUUAGUAUAUAUUUUAAAAUACUGGACUGGACUAGAGGACCUCUCUCCCUUGCAUACAUGUGUUAAAGGGAGGGAGGGGGACGCGACUGAAUUAUGUUUGAAUUAUCUAGCUAGCGAAAAUAUUUUUGCUGUCAAUUGAAUAGAAGUUUAGGUUGUAGUUGAGAAAAACAAGAACUCGAGCGCGAUGGAGUGCCAACCACCCGACCCGCAAAGCUACGAGGACGUUCGAAAGAACGGCUACCUCCGCAAGCAGAAAUCCAUGCACCGGCGAUACUUCGUCCUCCGGACGGCCACGGAGAGGGGUCCGGCCCGGCUCGAAUACUACGAGAGCGAGAAGAAAUUCCGCGGAAAAACACCCGUCCCAAAGAAAGCCCUGGUGCUGGAGACGUGUUUCAACAUCAAUAAGCGGGCUGAUGCGAAGAACAAGCACAUGAUAGUGCUGUACACCCGAGCGGAGAGCUUUGCCAUCGCGGCAGAAAACGAGGCGGACCAGGACGAAUGGUAUCAGGCCAUGGUGGAGCUGCAAUGCAAAAGUAAGACGCCUACUACUGACACAGGUGCUGGAGGGGACUACGGCGUGCCCACCCCAGGCCCUGCCUUCAAGGAGGUGUGGCAGGUCAAGGUGUGGCCUAAAGGGCUGGGCCAGGCCAAGAACCUGGUGGGUGUCUACCGGCUGUGCCUGACCGACAAGACGGUCAACUUUGUCAAGCUCAACUCGGACGCGGCCGCCGUGGUCCUGCAGUUGAUGAAUGUGCGCCGCUGCGGUCACUCCGAAAACUUCUUCUUUGUGGAGGUUGGUCGCUCUGCGGUUACGGGCCCCGGGGAAUUCUGGAUGCAGGUGGAUGACUCAGUGGUGGCCCAGAACAUGCAUGAGACCCUACUGGAAGCCAUGAAAGCCCUGAGUGAGGAGUUCCGCCAACGCAGCAAGUCACAGUCCAAUUCUGGGCCAGGUGGGGGAGCCACCGCCUCCAACCCCAUCAGCGUCCCCUCGCGACGCCACCAUCCCAACCCUCCCCCCAGCCAGGUGGGCUUCACCCGUAGACCUCGCACCGAGCCGCCCGGAGGGUCUGGAACAGGCGGCAACAGCGCAAACGCAUCACCCACCCCCCGCCACAGUUUCCCCAGGUCAGGCACAGCCAGUGAUGGGGUUAAAGGAGAAGAAGGGGUGGGGGGAGCGUGCGGAGGUGUAGGUCAGAGUUCCAGUCCUACCACCAAUGGGUCCUGCUCCACCACGCCCAUCCUCAGGUCCAAGUUGGCCCGUUCUGCCUCCACCCCAACCAAGAACAACUCCCUGAGCCUGAUGCGCUCCAUCUCCACCCCAGCUUCCUCCCCAGCUCCUAGCUUGUCCUCCAGCUCCAGCCACUGCUCUGAGUUUGGGGUAGUGGUGGGUGCAACCGGAGGAGGUGGAGGAGCAACAGGGACCGGUGCCUACAGCCGCCUCCACUCCCACAACGCCUCCGUGUCGGGCUCCCCCAGCGAUUAUGGCUCCUCGGAUGAGUACGGCUCCAGCCCUGGGGAGCACUCUGCCCCCUCCCCCAACAUGCCAGGAGGGUCAGCCAGGUCAGGCCGUUAUCAAUCCCUGGACGACGAGGCUGCUAACUACAUCCUAAUGGGCCAGCGUGGUGGUGGUGGAGCUCCAACAUCUGGCUCUCUGCCUGCCGGAGCAUCCAGCUCAGCCCCUUCUCACCAGCCCCAGACCAGGAGGGUCCUGCGGCGCUCCUCUAGCCGGGAAUGUGAAGCCGAGAGGCAGUUGCUGAGCAAGCGGGCGUCCCUGCCUCCCAUGGCCCUGGAGCGCCUGGCCCCGCAACCCCACAGGGGGGAGGAGGAGCAGGAUGAAGACGUGGCGGACUACGCCAUCAUGUCCCGCAGCACCAGCGGGGAUUCCUUCACCACCUGCAUCUCCUCACAAAGAGACUCUGAGAUGAGCCCCGGUGGAGGAGGGGGAGGAGGGGGAUACCUGGACGUGGCUGUAGAGUUGGUUGGUAGUGGAGGUAUAGUGCGGGAUAACGGCUAUAUGUCCAUGCUACCGGGAGGAGUUACCCAACCUCCAGUCUCCCUCACCCACUCGCUUUCCGUCUCUGACUCGGAGUCCAAGCCAGCGGAUGACUACAUGGCCAUGACGCCUAACAACAGCGUGUCCCCCCCGCAGCAGAUCCGGCCCCCUCCUGGCUCUGGCGACGGCUACAUGAUGAUGUCACCCAACAGCAGCUGCUCUCCGGACCAGCGUGGCUGCCUGGGAGGUGUGGCCUGGGUGGACAGCAGCAGCGCCGACAGCCGGGCGGGCAGCGACUACAUGAACAUGUCUCCCAUCAGCAUCCGCUCGGCCAACAGCAGCCCCCUCCCCCGAGCACCCCCUCAGACAGACCACCACCCCUCACUGCAGGCCCCCAAGAUGGUCUACUCCUACUACUCACUGCCCCGCUCCUACAAACACACGCCACCUGGUGGACACUUCGAGGACGGUCCCGGCCGAGGCAGGAGGCCCAAUGGGAGCAGUGAUGUUAGAGGAGUUGGCAGGGCGGUGGUGGUUCGUCAGGACCCCAAUUUGGGUGCAGUCCAAGGUCGCCACCUGUCCCUCUCCUCGUCCUCAUACUCCUCCAGCUCUGCCAGCAGUGAGAGCCUAGGGGAGAACGAGGACAGGGCUCUCCAGGGAGCAGGGUCCUCAGGUGGGGGAGCUCACUCUAAAGACAUGGGGCUCCUCCAGCAGAGACGGGCAGCCCCAAAGCAGGGCCAGCAGGGGGGACCCAGGACCCGGCCUGUCAGCCUGUUUGUGGACGUGUCCAAAGCAAACACCCUCCCCAGGGUCCGUGAGAACCCCCUCCCCCCAGAGCCCAAGAGCCCAGGGGAGUACGUCAGCAUUGAAUUCAAGGGAGAUCAAAGCGCCAGAGGAGGGCCAGGAGGUGGGGGAGGGAGGGGACUCAGACACGGGAUGUCCCUGCCUCACGGCUCCAGCCAGCACCCUUCACACCGGGCUGCCUCUUGCCUGGGGGGGUUCAUGCCCCUCCCCCGAAGCCCCUCCACCCCCCAGACCCCCAUCAUGCCCCUCACCCCUCCAUCCGCCUCAGAAUAUGUCAACAUGGACCUGCGGCCCUCACCGUCCCCCUCUCCCCUCUCCCUGACACCACUGAGCUUCCCAACCUUCCCCACCCCACCAACGCCUCCUCCAAUGAUCCUGGUCCCCAAGGCCCACGACGAGUACAGGGUGGCCCUUCAGCAGCAAGGCGGGACAGAGGGUGCUGAAGCGGGUCCCAGGACAAACAGACAGACUACCCAUGUAGUGGUGACUCAAUCAGAGUCCCCUACCUCCUGCGGGGACUAUACAGAGAUGGCCUUCAGCCUGAAAAACAACACCGUCCCCAGCUCCACGUCCAACAACACCUUCCCCAAAGCCCCCUCCCCAGCCAGGCCCGAUCCCCCAGUCCCUGUCGUCACCCUGGGCCUGGACUUCCCCCUGCCUAAACCUGGGCCCAACCCGGACCACGGGGCUAAAGUGAUCCGGGCCGACCCCCAGGGCCGCAGGCGCCACUGCUCCGAAACCUUCCUCGCCUCCCCCUCUCUCCCUCCCCCCUCCUCCAACUCCUCCUCUGCUGCCUCUCUCUUCCCGGAGCAAGCCCAGGCCGUGGCUCGCCGGCUUGGGUUUGAGGGCAUGCUGUGGGGGAAUGGAGUGUCGGCCGAGCAUCUCCCCUCGCAGUUCCUCCACCCUGGGCCUGGCAUACCCGCUGCCCAGGCUUUGUCCAUGGAGCAAGGCCUUAACUACAUAGACUUGGACUUGGCCAACAAAGAGAGCCCUCAUUCAGCCUUAGAUGGGUCCUCAACCAUACAGGCUAUCCCCCCUCGCCUCUACUCAUCCGUACUGAAUGGGGGGGGCGGGGUGGGGGUGUCAGGGGCGGGCAUCGGGGGUAGUGGCGGCUCCAACCUCAACACCUAUGCCAGCAUUGACUUCUACAAGUCAGAAGAGCUGCGGACGCAUCCGAACGGAAACAAAGACGGUACAGAAUGCUGAUGUCUUUGCCCUUGCCUUGGAAUUAUGGGAAAUAAAUAAGAGAUCCUGAAGCUCCUCCUCCUCAUCCUUGUGUGACAGCCAAUGGGAAGACGGGUUGCACUGGUCACACCUCUGAAGCACUUUGGAAGGACUGAUGGAAAACCUUUUAUUUUUUUUCUUUCAGUUUAUUGGUUGUGAUGACCAAUGUGGAUGCGUGCCAAUGAUAUUCUGAAAACCUAUUGGUUGCACUUAGCCUGAGAAGGGAGGACUCUAAGCCAAUCAGAGAAGAGUAUGAAGACUGACUGCUGACUGGGAGCCAAUGAUAUUUUUCGAUCAUCAGCUUAAAUGGAACCCCAAUUAACCAAUCAAAAAUAAGGAUUUAAUCUAAUGACGGCUGAAUAUACAAAGUAUAAAAACAAAAUAUAUAGAAAUAUAUAUCUGCUCAAGUGCCUCAUUUUUUGAUUGUAGACAUUCUACAAAGAACUUCAACUUAGCAUUGACUAAGGAAGUGAAGAAGUUUCAGUAUUUGUGCUUGUUUGAAGUAGCACUAUGUUGUGGCAGGUGUAAGAAUAAUAAGGAUGAUGAUGAUGAUUAAAAUACCAAUUAGCUGGCCUUACUGUCUUACUGUGAGAGAUGUUGGCAGCAUAGCUUCUAUUCGCUUUAAGCUCAUUGCUUUAAGCUCAUGUAACUGACAGAUUUCUCCCUAUCUCUCUCCCUCUCUCUCCCUCAAAAUCUCUAUCUCUCUCUGCCCAUACCUCUCAUCCAAGAUUGCAGUAUUCUAUAUCACAUACCAACCCGCCCACAUACUUUACAAAAAGACAGUCACCCUUCACCGGGAAUACUGUCUCUGGCACUGGACAAUAUGUAUUUAACACACAAAGACAAACACUUGGCACUUGUUGCAGGUAAAGACAGGUGCUCUGUUCUAAAAUCUACAUUACCAUACCACUUGGAAUGAAGUGAUGUGUUGUGGAAUGCAUGCAUUCUGAUGUAUUGGCGGAUAGUCAGAGGCACACACUCAGACAUAAUUUACAAACGAAGGAUUUGUGUUUAGUGAGUCCGCCAGAUCAGAGGCAGUAUGGAUGACCAGGGAUGUUCUCUUGAUAAGUGUCAAAAUGUAAUUACUUUUGAGUAC